AUGGUAAUUGCGGUCUUCACUGGGAACCAAGAGAAUUUAUGUGAGACAAGAUGGAACACUCCCAAUGGUCGCUUGGUGACAUUCAGGGACAUGGCCAUAGAAUUCUCCCAGGAGGAGUGGCGAUGCCUGAGCCUCACUCAGUGGGAAUUAUGCAGGGAUCUGAUGUUAGAGAACUACAGACACCUCCGCAAGUUAGGGAUUUGUCUUGUGUCAAAGCCAGACCUGGUCACCUUUUUGGAGCAAAAGAAGGAGCCCUGGGAUGUGAAGAGAAAGGAGAGCGUAGCCAUAUGCCCAGGAUUCGUGGUAUCAGUCAAUCGUGCUUUAGAUUUUUACCAAUAA